AUGUUCUUUACAUCUUCGAUGCGUCAUGCAUCACCAACGACUACGGUAUUGGCUGAUGGCUACACGGAUGAUGCGCUUGGAAGCAAAUACGAUAAUUUUCGUGUUAUGAUCCGUGAUUUAUCUAUGGGAUUUGUCAGAGAUCUUCUAUUAGACAGCAUCUCGGCCGUAUUCACGGGAAUCGCUUCUAUCGAAUACAUCGCUUGGAUCAAAAAUUCGAUUUCCCAGUUCAGUUUUCAAUCAAGAGAUGAUGGUACAACUAUAAACGACGACGACGAUUAUCGUAAGGAACAAAAAAAUUCGUUAAAAGUGAGAUAUAGAGGAAGAGUUGUCAGGAUGUUUGCCGGACAGUUUUCCAGAACUGGAUCUUUGGAGAUCGAAGGGGGAAGCGAAGUUCAAUUGUCUCCUCCGCCCACUUCUUUUUUGGGAAGAUGCAAAUACUACUACGACAAAUACAAACUACACCGUAUCUCAGCCAGUGUUCUUCUGAUCCUCUACUCAUUUCUGGGUGCCUGGGUCUUUUAUUAUUUUGAACAUGAUUACGAAAAAGAGGUCAAGCAAAAAGAGAGAACCGAUCUCCGGAUGCUUCGAAAUGACACUUUUCAACGGAUUACAUCAAUGGUGUUCAGACAGGGAUCCACUCCAAACUUUGAAGAAACUUUCAGAGAUGUCUUCAUUGAGUAUGAGAAACGACUUCAUAAAGUUCGAUUACCGGAAUGUUUGGAUUGGGAUUAUUGGGGUGCAUUGUUCUAUGUGGGAACUUUAUUUACAACGAUUGGAUACGGUAAUAUUGCUCCGCGAACUGCACUUGGAAGAGCUGCAUCUGUGAUCUAUGCAAUUGUUGGUAUCCCGCUGGUGCUCGCAAUUCUCUCAAAAUGCGGAAAAUGGAUGACAACUUCACUCUCGGUUUCUUGGCAACAACAUCGUCUUCGAAUCAAAGAAAAGGCAAAGAAAACGACGAAUCGAUUGAGAGGAAAGAAAAUUAAAGCGAAGCUGGAAGCGUUGGAGACUGGAAAUCCAAUGGGAUUAGAAGGGUUAGAGGAGCUGGAACUCGAGUCGAGAACUAUUCCAAUCUGGUUGGCAUUGCUCAUUUGUGUUGUCUAUGUUUGUGGAUGCUCAUCGCUUUUCUUGCUCUGGGAGACUAGAUGGACAUUUUUUACCAGUCUCUACUUCUUCUGUAUUUCACUUUCCACAAUUGGUCUUGGAGACAUCGUACCGGACAAACCCCAUAUGUUCAUCAUCAUGUUUGUUCUUGUCAUCGUCGGACUCAGUAUCGUUUCCAUGUUUAUAUCAGUUGUCCAAAUCAAAAUGGAAGAGUGGUUGUAUCAUUUGAUCAAGAAAAUUCAAAGAGAAUACACCCAAGCAAUUGAAAAUGGAGAAUUUCCGGAUAAAGGAGAACUUUAUAAAAAGAUAUUGGAGAAGGAGUCGCCGUGGAUGCAGCUCGUUGGGCCCACUAUAAUGUCUGGACAGCAAAAUAAUAAAUUGGAGAAUACUGUGGAAAAGUUUGAGCGGCUUCUCAAAGAAAGUAAAGAGAUUCAAACCGAACUUUCGAAUCGAGGAAUGUCGACUCAAGUUGAGAAGUAUGAACAGAGCAUGGCUUGUGAUCCAAUGAGCAAUGAUUUGAAGCCGGAAGAGCAUCGGGAGACUCAAUGGUCGAGGCAAAUGGUCGAUGAAACUGUCGGACCAUCAGAGAAAAUGGAAGAGUUAAAGUUACAAAGAAACGAUGCCACAUCGAUUUCCAGAAGAUCUAACGACUACAGGGAUUCGAUUUCGGAUGCAACUAGUUUGCCAAUGGACUCAAUGAGUUCCCCUGAAAUGAAAAAGAAAAACAAAAUGGCAUGCGCGAACUGUCAAUGUGAUAUUCCAUCUGUUGAAAACCAUUCACCUAUUCGUCCAGCUCCAGAAACUCGUACAGAUGGAGUUGCACAAACCGAUUUGGCCCAGUUUCAAAUUGAUGAAAUCGCAAUAAAACUUGCAAAUCUACAGACCCAACGAGUCCGCCCGCCAAUUGUUGAAAUGGCUACGUCGGCAUUCAUGGAAGAUUCCCCAGUCCAUUCGGAAGCUCUCGAUCUGCCACGUGGAUUGUCACCAGAGGAGAUCAAUAAGAUUUGUGAGGCGAUGAGUAAUUCGUUUUAUCAGAACAGCCAGGAAGCCUUGAAGCAGAUAACUGAUGUUGGUGUUGGAAAGGACUAUGAGACAAAUUUCCAGGAUAAAUCCCAGCUCACAAGUUUGACUCUUCCAGUACCUGUUAGAUCCUCUACAGCUAAUUCGAGUACUUCCACAACUCCUCCCUCCCGUAAUUCAAUUGCCACGUCACCAAUUGUUUCUCUCUGUGAAGAUUUUAAAAAAGAACAGAAGCAGAAGCAGAUGAGGUCCAUGUCCACCUCCCCCUUCCCUGGAAACAGUAUGCAAGAAGAGGAGACGCAGACCUCGCUAAGACAAAAUCUGGUAAAUGUUGCCACAGAUCCAUGUACUUCACAACUGAUACAACGAUCAACCGUUACGUCACCAGUAGGAAGAGAUGACGCGGAAACUGUAACUAUACACAUGAGAAGUAGACAGAAAAAACAAGUGAUGUUUCAGGAAACGUCACAAAGCGUUCGAAUCGAAAUGAUGGACAGAAUGGUGUCCCCCGUCGUCUCGACAGCUAACCAAAGAGAUCAAAACACAUCGCCGAUUGAAAAGUCUGCUGACUAUGAUGAUCGAAGUAUGCAAACAUCGAUCAGCGAUUGGUUCGGGAAAAUUCUAAAAAGAAAAGACGAAUCACAACAAACAUCGAUAUCAGAAGACGUUGGAAAAUCAAAGGAUAAGAAGAAAAAGAAGGUGUCAAAAGAGGAGAAUAGUCAAGCGUCGUCUUUGGGUUCAGAUGUCUUAACGUCUUCCAAUACAUCAUCUGCUUCUGAAUCUUUGAAAGAUUCUGAGAAAAAGAAGAAAAAGACAUUUAUAGCUCCGAAUAUGUCGGCAAGUGUCUCAAUGAGUACUCAAUAUUCUCCACCCCCAGGAUGUGAUCGGUUAUCUGUAGAACCCUACAGUACUCGAGCAAGAAGUUCGUCGACCAGUGGAAUGGGUACAAGUAUAUUUGAAGAAGAGACAAGACAAGAAGUGAUAGUGCAAACCGAUGAUUCUUAUCUGAAAAUCGCGAGACGACUGGAUGAGUAUAGGAAUAACAAAACACAAUUUUUGCCAGUUUGUGCAGCAGCGCCGUUGUCUUCCAAAGAAGUCGAACCGUUCAAAAGCGACCGCCCAUCUGAACGCAGUCAUUAUUACUUCGGUGGACGUCGUGCAAGCCGAAGGAAGUCACGUCAAGAUCUGAAACAUGGAGAAUCUCAAACUGGACAAUCCAUGGAUGCGGAACUUUUGAAAGAAGUUUUGUGUCUUUUAAAAAUCCAUUUCCAGAGCUCCGAAAAAAGUCGGUCAAUUUCGCCGAAACGACCAUGUAAACAGCGAGGAAUUCUCGCCAGACAUCCAUCUCUUCCAACUGGAAUUUCUCGUGGAAAGGUCUCUGACUAUGUGAUUCAACACGAGAAAGGUAUUCAUAAUCCAGCGACAAAUCGACAGAGUCCAAUCAAAAUAAUUCGUCAAUAUUCUCUGGAUCAAGAUGUUCUUUAG